AGCUGCCUCCCUGCUGACUGGUCCGUGUUCAGCCAGUAACGCGAGCCCUGAGGGGGGAGCUGUGGCGGCCCCGGGUCCCUGCCACCCCAGGCCACACAGUGGAGCCGAAUGCAGGUAAGAGAGGCCGCCUGUGGUGGGUGGGUGCUGGGAUGGCUCAGGCGGCCCAUGGAGAGACCAGGCAGUAGGCCAGGAUGCCGCCCAGCCGGCAGCCCCAGGCAUUCAGCUAUGCCCAGCCCCUGGCAUCCACUGGCCCCACUGGCCACCACCCACCCUCCCAUGUCUGCAGACACUUGGGCUCCUGUCCGGGUGCCGGGGCCCCAACCGGGCAAGACACUUGCUGAGGCAGACGGGGCGGGCGGUGGCUUCACUGCAUGCCUCCCCCAGGAUGCGGCAGCCAGAGGGUCUCCGGGCCUCCCGAGAGGGACAGCCGCUGGCCCCCAGCGAGGAGACUGCAUCAUUUGCUACUCGGCCUAUGACCUCGCAGGCCACCUACCCCGCCGGCUCUACUGCGGUCACACUUUCUGCCAGGCGUGCGUGCGGCGGCUGGACGCGCCAGCCCACGAGCAGCGCUGGAUCCUGUGCCCACAGUGCCGACAGAGCACGCCCACACCCCGGGGAGGGGUGGCCAUGCUGGACCUCGACCUGGCCGCCUUCCUGGCCAUCAAGGCCGAGCGGGAGCCGUCCCGCACGGAACCCCAGCCCUCCAUGCCCCUCAAAAGUGGCAAUGCCACCAUCACUCAGCAGCCGGGCCAGCUCUGCCCUCCCCUGGGCCCCCAGCCCCGCUUCCCCCAGCCCCGCCGCUGCUGCUGGGGCUGUGGCAGCUUCUGCUGGGACCCCCUGGGCAACCCCCAGGUCUGA